AUGUCUCCUUCCAUCUUGAUCGUCGGCGCUACCGGCAACACCGGCCGAGCCGUGACUCAAACCUUGCCAAAGUUGCUUCAAUCAAGCACUCUAUCCGACCACCGUAUUAUUGCCCUCACCCGCUCUUCCACAAGUCCAGCAGCCAAGGAACUAGCCAAACUUCCCGGAGUGGAAGUGAUAGAGCAGAACUGGGUGGAAAUCACCGCCGAAUGGCUCCGCACAAACCAAGUCACCAGAGCAUUCAUUGCACCCCACAAUGAGCCCAACCAGUUCGCCGAAGAGUCAACAUUUCACGUGAAUGCCCUCAACGCCGGCGUCCAGUAUGUGGUGCGGAUCUCAACCACAGCUGCAAAUGUCCGCCCGGACUGCCCUGCCUAUUAUCCACGCCAACACUGGGCCAUCGAGGCUCUUCUAGGCUCACCCGAGUUCAACAAUCUACAGUGGACGUCUCUCCAGCCUAAUCUUUUCUCGACAUUUGCCAUGUCCUCUGCUGCGGAGUUGAUCAAGAAGCACCGUAAGACUGGGGAGCAGGACACUCUUCGGCUGCUGCUGGCAGAGGAUGCACCUGUCGGUAUUAUCGACCCUGACGAGGUCGGAGUGAUUGCUGCCCAUCUCCUGUCUCAAGAAGAUCCUUCCGCGCACAAUAAGGCCAAAUAUGUUCUCAAUGGGCCUGAGGAUGUCACUGGGAACAGGAUUGUCGAAAUGAUUGAGCAGUACAUUGGUACACCCGUGAAGGAUGUCCGCUAUAAAGACGUCUCCUUCGUCGACAUGCUUUUCGAGUACCAGUACGCAGGAACCAAAGAAUCGAAAAACGUCCUUUACUCCGCUAAGCGGUCUCUUGAGGCUGGGUGGGAAGGCAAAUGCUCGGUUUCUACAUCUAGCAAGGAGAUCCUGGAGCUUGCUGCUCCGACGCGGUCACCUGCCGAUGUCUUGAAGUCUCUACUGGAGGGUUAG